AUGGCCAACACGACCGCCAUGUCCGACUUGCCGCCGCUUCCAGACUAUACCAUGAAGCCGCUCCCGCCCCUUGUCCCCGGCAUUCCCGAUGCCUACACCACCCUCGUAUUGCCGGUGAUCGCAUACUGGGCAGUAUCAAUGCUGUUCCACUUGGUCGAUGAGUGGGAUCUGUUCCCGCAGUAUCGUCUGCACACACCCGCCGAGGUGCUCAAGAGGAAUCACGUCAGCAGAUGGGAUGUGUUCCGGGAUGUGAUCAUCCAGCAGGUUAUUCAGACGAUGUUUGGUCUGGUCCUUGCAUUAAUCGACCCGGUGCCGGAGUAUGGAAAGGAGGACUAUGACGUGGCAUGGUGGGCUCAGAAUGUUCGAAUCGCACAGAGGGCUCUACCUGUUGCGCUGGUCACCCUUGGCCUGGAUGUCAAGUCCGUUGCAAGCAAUUUGAGUGCAUCCCAUGCUAUGCUGGCCGGAGCCUUGUCUGGAGGAGUCUAUCCAAAUCUCACACAGACGGUCAUGGUCUUGGGAGAGCCAACUUCUGUACCCGCGUUUGCCAACUGGGAGAUUUUGAUCGCAAAGACGAUAUACUACUUCCUGGUCCCUGGCUUGCAAUUCUUCCUGGCCACAUUGGUGGUCGACACAUGGCAGUAUUUUCUUCACCGAGCCAUGCACAUGAACAAGUUUCUGUAUACAACCUUCCACAGUCGCCAUCAUCGACUGUAUGUUCCAUAUGCAUACGGCGCGCUUUACAACCAUCCAGUUGAGGGCUUUGCUUUGGAUACUCUAGGGACUGGCAUCGCAUAUCUGGUAACCGGCAUGACCGUCCGACAAAGCAUGUGGUUCUUCACCAUGUCCACCAUUAAGACCGUUGAUGAUCACUGUGGAUAUGCAUUCCCAUGGGACCCGCUGCAGCACUUGACAAGCAACAAUGCUGGAUACCAUGAUGUGYACCAUCAGAGCUGGGGAAUCAAGACGAACUUUUCUCAGCCAUUCUUUACUUUUUGGGACAGUCUACUGGGCACUAAAUGGACCGGGGGAGAUGUGAGCGCUCGCUACGAAAGGGCUAGAGUAGCCGCACAGAAGAAGUUGGACGCGGAUGCCACCUCAGGGUCCAUAGCUGGGGAGGUCAGCGAAAACGCAGCUGGUGAGAAGCUUUAUGCCGACGACGCAUCAAAUGCGUCUAUGUUAGCGCAGAACGCGAGGACAGUCGCAGAGUCUCAGUCAAAUAAGGCUUCCAACCAGGCCGCAGCUUCAAGGCAGCAGAUCCUCGACGACCCUAAGAGUGGUGGCAUAAGCGUGCUUGUCGAAGAGUCUGCCGAGGAAGUCCGAGCGAAGUCAAGACAGAGCACUCGCAGACGGAAGGCGAACUCGGGACUGAAAGGGCUUGCUGAUAGAGUAGGGGAGUCCUUGCACGGGAAAGGUACAGGUGUUUUAGGCGUUGAAAGCCGACGGAGAUAA